GAGUUUUUAAUUAAUCCAGUCAUAAUCAGAAGCAAUACAUCUUUUCUUAUUACCAAAGCUGAUCAAACAAAAAGUGGCAGACGAUAGUGACGAGCACAGAGAAAAUAAACAAACAAGCCUAGUAAUUUUGUAAUUUUUUAGAUUUCUUUAAAAAUAAAAGCAAUUUACAAAAAUGGAUGCUCUGUUGAGCUCAAAACCAAUGCCCCUUUGUUUUAACAAAGAAGAUUUUUUAGAGAACGAUUUUUGUGUUGAUAAAUUUGUCAGUGAUUGUCGUAAACAUGCCUCGUUAGAAACUAUGCGAGAAGAUCUUGGUUUGUAUCAUAAAAUACUAUGCACGUCUAUGAUCGAAUUAAUAAAUAAAGACUAUGCCGACUUCGUGAAUUUAUCAAGCAAUUUAGUUGGUUUAGAUAAAUCCAUCAAGAGUUUAACUGCACCUCUCGAAAAUUUGAAAAAUGAAGUAGAAAAAAUCAAAACCAAUUUAGAGGGAACUUUAAAAUCCGCACAAUCAAUGUUUGAUGAAAGAAAGAGCACACAUAAAUCAAAAGUUCUUGUUCGGCACAUAUCAAGUGUUUUAGAAGGACUUGAAAAAAUCGAUUCCCUGCAAAACUCCGCUUUUCAAGCAGAUAGUGUCUUAAAACAGAUUGAGAUAUUAGAAAAAGUUGCUGUAGCUUUCAAUUCAGUUCAAUUUCACAUGAAUCAGUUGUCAGAGGUUAAAAAAUUGGAUCAUAAAAGAGCUGAGGUACUAACAGUAUCAUCAAGUAUUGAAACACGGUUAGAAAGUUUAUUCCUUGAAUGCCUCUCGAGUCAUGAACAAGAGAAAAUAUCUAGAAUUCUUCACACGUACGCCAUCAUGGGCAAAGAGAAUAUAGUUGAAAACUGUUUUUCUAAGUCCGUUGUAAGACCAUUUAUGAGGAAAGUCAUUACCCAAGGUAAUCUUUCCAGAAACGGUUUGAUAAAACUUUAUAAGGACAUUUUAAGUUUCAUACCAGACCAUUGCUCUGAUCUGCUAACUGUCACCUGCAAUAAAACCAGACAUUUUGAAGUUGUUCCCGGUUACGACUUUUUAGUGAAUGCUGUAUGGCCUGAAAUCAUGUUAUGUUUUGAUUAUUUAGAUUCUGUAACAUUGUAUUCACCGGGUGACCCUAAACUCUUCCAUCAAAAUUACACAUCCACUAUGAACUUCUUGCAUCAAUUUGAACAAUAUUGCAUUGAAAAUGCCACUAUUAAUAAAUUGAGAAAUCAUUCUUCCUAUUAUGAAUUUCUUAAAAAAUGGAAUUUGGAUCUAUAUUUUCAAGUUAGAUUUCAAGAAAUAGCUGGUGCGUUUGAAACCUCGUUGUUAAAACCCUUUGAUAAGUCUGAAAAUGAUAAGUUGCCUUAUCUUUUAAAUAUAACUUGUUCUCUCUGGGCUAAUUUAUGUUUGUGUUGGGAUGAUAAUGUAUUUUUAUCUCCAUUGAAGAGUCAAUUCUUUAUGCUUUCUUUGCAAUUAUUAUCGCGAUACUGCAAUUUAAGUUUUAGUGCUCUCAUACAAGAAACUGAAAAAUGUCUUGAAAUUGCUAUGCUAAUGAAAGAUAUUGAAGUAUUAAAAAAUGAAUUUAAACGAUAUCUUUCUGCUACCAUUUUGCCUAAAAUAAAUGUCGAAUCAAUGAAUUCAACUAUUGACGAAGCCUUUCAAGACGGAAUAGACCUUCUCUCUAAAAUUCCACUAAAAGCUGCAGAUUGUGUGGUAUUGAUUCUCACAUCCAGAUGCACAGGACACUUAAAACUAAUCAGUGAUAUUCCGCGACUUUAUCGACGAACAAACCGUGAAAUGCCCGUAAAGCCUUCGACUUAUGUUUCUCUUGUGUUUGCACCUUUAAAUGAAUUUUUGGAAGGAACUAAAACUAUUCUUUCCAAGGAAUGGACAGAUUUUUGUAAACUGGAAGUUACUCGUGGAAUUGUUAGUCAGUGUACGGCUAUCGUACAAGAUGUUUUAACAUCAAUUAAAAAAAUGGAAGAUAGCUUAAAAAUUUUGAAAAGAGCUAGGGAUAAACCUUCAGGACAGAGUACUGGCAGUGGAGUGACUGAUGAUGAUAAAAUCCGGCGUCAGCUAGCGAUUGAUGUUCAACAUUUAAAAGAGAUAGUAUCAAAUUUAGGAAUAAAAUCAGAUAAAAUUAUUAGCUUAGAAGAAUUAUCUAAGCUUGUUUUAAAUGCUGAGAGAGUUUCAUAGAAGUGUAAUUCGAAAUAUAAAUUAUUAUAUAUUUGCUAAUAAUUAUAUUUAAAUAAACUUUGUGUGCUACCGUACACUAUCUAAUAAGCAUUAAAUUAUUAUAAAAUUUUUAUGUUAUUUUUAAGUGUGUUUAAAAAAAUAUGCAUGUUAUAUUUUUCUAA